ACAAAAUCGAUCUUUAAAGGAUUAACCUGUUUGAGCGCGCGGUUUAAACCCGAGGCAGGCAGGUUGGAGGUGUAAAAAAAUGAAAAACCUUUUCACUCACUUUUUUUUGCCAGGCUGUCGUUAUAGUACAGCCGUUCACUUCAACACUUAAAGCUAUGACAUCAGUUAGCGUGGCUACUUGAAAGAUCGCGCGCGCGGGGCGGGGGUGCAGCCGACGCACGUGCGCGGAAUAAGCAAGGCAAGUUCGCAGUUCUCUUGUCAAAUCGAUCGCAGCUCGGGAGGAGUGUGCGAGGCGCAGUUAUCAUCGCAGACUUCCUCAUCACUCACAGUCCCAGCGGUUCCGCAGGAAGACAGCUGUUAAUAACCUAACAAGCAUGCCUGGAACAUUAUAAGGCCAUUAGUCUACUAACCCCCAUAUGGAUUUACGCACUUCUUUUCUGAGAUUCAACCGCUGACGGUGCUUUUUCUUUUUCGUCCUCUCUUAUUCAUCCCGUCGGUGAUGUUUGGCGAAGAGACUCGCAAAAUAAUGGGCAAAUUCGGUUUGUGAACUCCCCGUUUCGCUCUCCGUGUGAUGGACAGGCGGCUAUUGAGUUCGAGAGCUUUGGCUGGAGUGAGUAGAAAGUAAGCUCGUUUAAAACAAACAUCAGUCUUCAGGACUCCUGUCACAUUUGAAGCAAGGAGAAUGCCCUCGCUUUCAUAAACGGAGGAUCUGAACAUUGUUUGAGGAAGCAAGUGAAGACAGAGGAGGUUCAAAGGAGGAGUCAUGGCUGGCUCAUUGGGAAGAGAGUGAUCAGAGAACACAGGAAAGAAAGAUGCAGCUGUGGGGGCGGUCAGUGUGGCCGUUGCAGGUUAUACUCUUGGUCACCUUGGUAAUGUGCUCGUGCCAGUCGGCUUCUGCAGGUACACGGAGUCUGCGGGGACACACAGCUUCGUACCAGGUGAAGCAGGGAACCUGUGAGGUGGUGGCCAUCCACCGGUGCUGUAAUAAGAACAAGAUUGAGGAACGUUCACAGACCGUCAAGUGCUCCUGUUUCCCAGGUCAGGUGGCCGGCACGACUCGUGCGCAGCCAUCUUGUGUGGAGGCUUCCAUUGUGCUGCAGAAGUGGUGGUGCCAAAUGCACCCAUGUUUGGACGGCGAGGAGUGUAAAGUUCUUCCAGACCUGACUGGCUGGUCCUGCAGCACCGGAAACAAAGUCAAAACCACCAAGGUCACGCGAUAGCAAGAACAUGGCUGCCUUACCAAGUGGC